AUGGUUCUCCCAUCAAAAGCCGCCUUUUCUUCGAAAGACACCAUCAGGAAGAGAUGCACAACUCUCGAAGCUUGGGCACUACCCAAGCAGGAAUCGACAAUUGCACCCGACUAUGUCUGGACAAACAAAGAUAUGGAUCCUGUGCCCAUCUCUGACCAGACAUGGGGCAUGUGGACUUGGGUAGCAUAUUGGGCAACCGAUGUCAUCAACCUAGGCACUUGGGAAACAGCUAGCUCGAUCAUCCAAGUCGGCUUGACCUGGCGCGAUGCUAUUCCUAUCAUGGCUGUUGGUUGUCUUUGCGUUGCCAUUCCAGUUGUCCUCAACGGAUCUAUGGGUGCUCAUCUCCAUGUUCCGUUCAGCGUCAUCGUCCGCUCUGGAUUUGGUUACUACUUCGCCUAUUUUUGUAUUGCAUCAAGAUGUAUCUUGGCCAUGUUUUGGCUGGGCAUACAGAGUGCAAACGGUGCUCUCGCCAUGCAAAUCAUGAUCAUGGCUAUCUGGCCCUCAUUCGCUUCCUAUGACUGGAAGGGACCAAACAACACCCUUUCUGAGAGCGGUGGCAUCAGUACUGCUGGCAUGAUUGCCUACUUUUCCUUCUGGAUCAUCCAACUUCCAAUGCUUCUGAUUCCACCCACUCGACUACGCUACCUCUUCAUUGUCAAGCUGAUCGCGGCUCCUGUCACUGCCAUUGCUACUCUAGGAUAUAUGGUCCACAAAGCAGGUGGCAGCGGUGCUAUCUUCUCGCAACCGGGCACAGUAACAGGAGAUGCUAGAGUCUACCUCUGGUUAAGUUGCAUGUCUUCGGUCACAGGUGUCUGGGCUACUCUAGCUGUCAACGUGGCAGACUUUAGUCGUUAUGCCAAAGGACGUGCAGACGGAAAACCAAAUCAUGCACAAUAUGUCCAGUUGCCUGCUUUACCCAUCCUUUUCACGCUAUGCGGCGUUCUCGGUGUCAUCACAACCUCAGCAUCCAAAGUUGUUUACGGCGAGUUCUAUUGGAAUCCUCUCAAUAUCGUCGAGCAAUGGCUCAAGAACGGACAUGCCGGUAGGGCAGCAGCAUUCUUUGCUGCGUUGAGCUGGUUCAUUGCUCAAGUGGGCACAAAUAUCACUGGCAACUCUAUCUCUGCAGCUAAUGAUCUCUGUGUCAUGGCACCAAAGUAUGUUAACAUCAGACGUGGCUGUAUUAUCUCCGCUGUCGUUUCUUGUUGGGUCAUGGUGCCGUGGAAGAUUCUGUCUGAUGCCGAAACAUUCCUCAGCUUCAUGUCUGGGUACUCGGUUUUCCUUGCUCCUAUGGCUGGCAUCAUCGCAGCCGACUAUUGGCUGAUUAAGCGCCGUCACAUCGACGUACCGGCUCUGUACGAUCCACACGGACGCUAUCGAUAUCGCUAUGGCGUCAAUUGGCAAGGUCUUGCCGCUUUCCUUGUCGCUGUUUGUCCCAAUCUUCCAGGUCUUGCGAACUCGAUCAACGCCACCUCUAUAUCAGCUGGAGCUAAACAUCUGUACUCUUUCGACUGGCUGUAUGGUUUUGUGUCUAGCAUUUUCGUUUACACGGUGCUGAGUAAGAUUUUCCCUAGCAAGGAAGCGUUGAUACCGAAGUCGAUAUAUUCCCUGGAGGUUGUGGAGGGCAAAGAGAUGGAUUCGAGUAGAGACAUCGAAAGCGAAAGCAGAGACAUGUUUGAAAAGAGUGGAGGAAACGUCGAAGCUGUUGACUUUGGCAAGGUUCUUUGA